GCGAGCUAAUGGAGCAUUGUACUACAAACGUUAGGCUAGUGUAUGUGUACACUGUCGUAUCGCAUGGGUAAGUUUACCUGGGUGACUAUAGUGUGUGGUUUUAAUGACUGUCAAUGUAUUUUGAUGCUAUUGUUGUGACAUAAGGACGUGGCAAUAAGGUAUAGUGGUAUAUGUGUAUAGUUUUUAACCACGGAUAUUCGUCAAGACUGAAUGGUGUAACUUGUAUGCAGAUUGCACAAUAAUGAAGAAUGCGGUUCAGUGAUCUACCCAACUAUGCGGAUCAAACAUGGUCGACAUCAUCUAAAAAUAUGUGGAUAGGAAUAGGAAUCUCCUAUCGCGUCGUCAUGUGGUUUCCCCACUAAUCGUAAGGAAUAUUUAACUUGUACAUGUACGAACGUUUUAGAAUGUUCGAGAACAACCAUCUAAUAUAGACAGUGCGAGGGAAAUUCCGUGACGUCAUCAUUACUUGGGUGGAGCGUCUUAGGUUGAACAGGAUGGAGGUAAGGAUUAUAUAAGCGGGGGACUGCGCCAGAACCAUCACUCUCCCUACUACUGUUACAUGGGGAUAUUGUUAAGAGAACACUUCCGUCUGAAGUGAUGAUAAAUAUAUAGGUACGUGUACAAGAUUGGAAAGAUAAACACCGAUAGACAAUUACAUAAAGAUUGUGAUGAUGGAUACUUUUAUCUGUAAGGUUGAUAGACAAUUACAUGAGGAUUGUAAGUAUGGACUCUUCCGACACACAUAUGUAUUACGACUAAAAAGAUGGACUCUUCCGCCUGCAGGAAUGAUAACAAUUACAUGAUGACUGUACAGAUGGAUUCUUCAGUCUACAGUGAUGAUAAACAAAUGCAUGAUAACUGUAAAGAUGGACUCUUUCGUCCGAAAUGAGCCGGUGAACAUUCAUAUAAGGACUUCAAAGAUGGAAGCGUCUGUCUAUAAUGUAACACACUAGCAGGAAGACAGUUAGGACGGUGUUGUCAAUGAGAUAUGUCUAUGAUGUGACACACUAGCAGGAAGACAGUUAUGACAGUGCUGUCAAUGAAAUAUGUCUAUAAUGUGACACACUAGCAGGAAUACAGUUAUGGCAGUGUUAUCAAUGAGAUUGACGCGUCUGUUUAUACUGACAAGUGUACCGCGCAUCAGUGAUUUUCAUGAUUAUACAUCUGCUUAAAUUUAAAGCAACAACAAUAUGUCUGCCUCUACCUUCCGUCAGAUCAACAAGUCGACCUUUGAACACAUCAAAUAUGGUGAACCAUGUCCUUUACCUCGUGUUAUAACUCAGAUGCUCCGUGAGUCAUGGUUCUACAUAGUCCAAGACAACAUUUCCCAGCGUCUGGUACAGUAUCUUGAUGACUGCCACGGUAACGAGGAAAUAGUGAAGAACAGGAGAAAGGUUAAAACCAUCAGAGAGUACAUAGAAAAAAAUUCAAAUAGCGGUUUACUGAAUAUGAUCAGUGGUGGAAGUAUUGGGGACGGGUUUCGCAUAGUCACCUCAGAUUUAGACGUAAUGCACUCCCUGGAAACUGUAGUGGUAACCUAUCCAGAUCAUAUGAACCUCAUACCUUGUAACAGUGAAAACAAGACAAUUCUGUUAAUGAGGGAAGCUGGUUGCAGACCUGGGUAUGUUAACCUUGAAAUAUUUCAAAUUGGAGAUGAAGAGGGGAGCAAUUCCCGAUUUCAAAAAGCGGUUAUUCCUGUUGGUGAUUUGUAUGUUUUAUCUAGUGAUAUCUAUAGACAAGAGACCGUGGCAACUAUCAGUAGGGCAACUGGUGCGGAUUUUGUUUCCAAUGGACCAUGUACCACUCUAUUCUUGCAUGGUAAUGCAAUAAGCCUUGAUUUAGCAUUCUCAUUUCCGUGUGUAUGUUGGCCGCGGGUAGCUAAUGAAUGGAAAUACCGAAGUCGCCUUCAUGGUUGGCCAUCUCAGACAAUGAUUCACAGGAUUGUUCAAGGUGGGUGUCAUCUCGUACCUGUUGGUGAUAAGUGUUCAACAGACACGCUGCUACAAUGGAGGAUUUCAUUUGCCUGUGCAGAACAACUAUUAGUUCAUUCUCUCACUCAUCCGCAGUUCAGGGUAUACGGAUUACUGAAGUAUUUCCUUUACCAGAUCAAAGACUUGCUGGACCAUAUUAUUGGGGAUAGUGAUAUCCUUUGUUCAUAUUUUCUAAAAACGGUUAUCUUUUAUGCCGUUGAAAAUUCACCACAUUUGCUAUGGGAUGAUCAAAACACAUUUAUAUGUUUUCGGUUCUGCCUGUCUAUUUUGAUUGUUUGGGUCAAAUCGAGUUAUUGUCCAAACUAUUUCAUCAGAAGAAACAACAUGUUUUUGAGGAAAGUUCAUGGGGAAAACCGUGAAAAACUGCUUCAUUUUCUUAUUGAUCUCUAUUACCUAAACUGGAUGUGUUUGUCAAUAGAAUCGGUCAAUACUCCAAACAUCGGAGUAAUGCUCCAACAACACCAAAGUUUGAAAUCAAUACAACAUUUGGAAUGUCUGAGGGACUUGGACCUUUUUCGGGAAUGUUUGUUUCGUUUAACGCCGGUAGGUAACGAGAAAAAAAAGCUGUACCUUUCAAUGAAACACCUCCUUGAGGCUAAAACGGAUGUGGAUGAGUUCAUUGCUUACUGUGUAAUGACUACUACACUUUACGAAAUAGCCUGCACAUUGUUUAACGUGUAUACCAAUAUUAAAAGCAACAAACAGAAGUAUUUAGCCCUUAAGAAAUGUAAGCAAUUACUGGCGCGGCAAGCGUCGGUAUGUACCAGUCCGGGACUGAUGUUUUUAGCAACGUUUUACUACCUCACAGGAGAUUACAAGAACACAAUUAGAAUGUGUGCAGAAAUGACGUCGACAUUUAAGCUAUACAUUGGCCAAUCCAUAACAGAAACUGAAGAAUCUAGAGAACAAUACCAAAGGUUUUACUGUGGACAGGGAUACCCGUUACACAAGAGGUUUAAAGAAGGGGUGUAUUCGUGUUUGUGCUUUGCUCAAGUAAGCCCUUCACUAUGCUUACCUCAUCUACUUCCUGAAGUUUUCAAACAUAUAGUUGUAACAAUUCCACCACUAGCGUAUGCACGCUUCCUUUCCUUCCUGUGUUACCACGACCUUGGUGACAUAAGGAGACGUGACACAGAACUCACCAACCUUCGGGCUGUGAACUACGACCCUGUACAAGGGGGACACGAAUACUGGAUAGUACACACAUUGCUAGGGAUCUGUUACCAAACUGUGGGUGACAAUCGCAGGGCGAUCAGGUCAUUUACGGACUCUCUACGUAGCAUACCUGAUGAUAACGCUGCUAAAGAGAGAAUAGAGGCUCUGCGGAAGUCUGAGUAGACACAAUAGCAUAAUGAUAGCACAUAUGUUGGAUACAAUCCAAGCUUAAAUAACGUCGACAACAACACAUUUUAAUAUGUAAGCAGUUAAUAUUUUCUUAAUAUUUAUUCACAGCAAAACAGUGCAUAUUUAUUGUAUGUUAUUCGUAAUCAUUUACGAGUACUGUUAACUAUUAUAUAUUAGGAAUGACUGCACAAUAGCGAAUGCUACUCGAAAUGUCCUUCAAGAACGAUAUUUCCCUUAUAAAAUCCCUACUUCGAAAUCUUACCCUACCAAACUUUCCCAUUCCCUCCUAUUGAUGUUUGACAUCUAAAAUUCCACUAAAAAAACAUUGUGUUUGUGAUUGGAAGCAUGUAAAAUAUAAAAAAAUAAGAAAAUAACACCAAUGCUGUGGUACUUGCUUGAAAUUAUCACAACAACAAUCUUACCAACAUGCAUCUCCCCGAAUACGGCAACGAGUGUGACCAUGACCAUUGGGCUAUACCGACUAUGCGUUGUUUACUUGUAAAAAAUACACAAUGAUCUUGCAUGGCUUAUACAUAUGCUAUAAGAACGUAGAUUGAUUAUUGCUGUUCAUUUUGUUAUGUUCCCUAUAGGAACUUUGUAAUAGAAUAUAUCUGUUAUAGGUACAUGUUGUAUAAAAAUAGCUUUAUGAGGCCAUCCCGACAAUUGAAACAAGGCUGAUGUCAUGCUGUUUGAAAGGUCACCGUUUUCAACAUUUCCAAAGCAUUUGUAUGACCAAGGUAUUUUAAUGUUUGAAUGUAAGGCCUCAUCAGGGCUACAUGUACCAGAAAUAUGUCAUCCCCACAUCAUUUGUAUUGCCAAGGUUCUUCAAUGUUUGAAUGUAUGACCCCAUCAGCGUUAUAUAUACCAGGAAUAUGACAUCCCCACAUUAUUUGUAUUGCUAAGGUUUUUCAAUGUAUGGCCCCAUCAGCGUUAUAUAUACCAGGAAUAUGACAUCCCCACAUUAUUUGUAUUGCUAAGGUUUUUCAAUGUAUGACCCCAUCAGCGUUAUAUAUACCAGGAAUAUGACAUCCCCACAUUAUUUGUAUUGCCAAGGUUCUUCAAUGUUUGAAUGUAUGACCCCAUCAGCGUUAUAUAUACCAGGAAUAUGACAUCCUCACAUUAUUUGUAUUGCCAAGGUUCUUCAAUGUUUGAAUGUAUGACCCCAUCAGCGUUAUAUAUACCAGGAAUAUUACAUGCCCACAUUAUUUGUAUUGACAAGGUUCUUCAAUGUUUGAAUGUAUGACCCCAUCAGCGUUAUAUACACCAGGAAUAUUACAUGCCCACAUUAUUUGUAUUGCCAAGGUUCUUCAAUGUUUGAAUGUAUGAUCUCAUCAGCGUUAUAUAUACCAGGAAUAUGACAUCCCCACAUUAUUUGUAUUGCCAAGGUUCCUCAAUGUUUGAAUGUAUGACCCCAUCAGUUUUAUAUAUACCAGGAAUAUGACAUCCCCACAUUAUUUUUAUUGCCAAGGUUCUUCAAUGUUUGAAUGUAUGACCUCAUCAGCGUUAUAUAUACCAGGAAUAUGACAUCCCCACAUAUUUGUUUAGGUCCAAUCAACAUAACCCUGGAUAGGACUUCCCCAACAUGUCUGUAUGAUAAGGAGUUUAACAUGUGCGGACAUUCCUUUCAUCAAAACUUUAAGGUACAUGUAGUGGAAUACUUGCUCCAAUAAGUCGUCAUAGUAGUGUUCUACACUUUGCAACUCGUGUGUGUGAAUUUAGAUUGCUUUAUUGAAAGAACAGGUCCGGAUAUUGGUGUUAUAAUUAUAGGCUCUUUAUUAGAAGCGGAUUAUAUCGAACAAAUGAAAAUUAAAUCAAUUAUAUCUGGAGCCAAACAGUUGAUUUAAAACAAUGGGAAAUUUUGACAAUACUAAAAUAUAUACAUUAACGAGUUGAGAGCAUGUCCAUUGUGACUGAUUAACAAAUGGUGACGUAAUGUCGAAUAAGAUUUGUUUUUUCAAUUGUAGUUUUUCUAUGAUUUUUUAAAAAGUACAAUGCAUGUUUCCCUAGGGAGACUUUUCUUAGGUAUAGGGUGUAGCUUUUGAAUUUUAUUACUUUUUUUGUCAGUAAGAGAUCGAAUUCCGUCAACCCGAUAAAUCUGCUCUCACACAGUGACAGAUAUCAAAAGUGACAUUUGUCGAAGUUUGAAAAUAUCUCUUUGGGUAUUGACCAAUCGAAAAAUCUCUUUCUAGUAACUUCAUUUAAAUCCACAGAUUCGUUGUUCAGAUACAUAUAAAACGACGGGAUGAUAAAAGGAUGUGUUGAUACAUCUUCGCUGCAUAAACUAAGGUAUUGAUACUGAUAGGAUAUGACGCCAGCGAUUAACCUUCUAUGCAGUAACAUUGUCGUAGUUGUAAAUAGUUAUAAAAUGCAAUAGAUUUACAAUAUUUUGGUUUUCUUGUUGAAUACUGUAAAUAUUUCGUUCGUAUUGCAAAUAUACUGAUACUUUCACUCGUGCGUCACACACGUGAAAAUUGGUUUUCUGCUAUAAUGUGAAUCUAUUAUAAUUUUAGUUUACACACAAUACAUUUAUCUCUGUACAUUUUUUCAUUAAUCAUCUAUGUUUAAAUUUACUGUAUAGAUUGCAUAUGUUGGAUGUGUGGUCUUCUACUUACUUAUUUCAUCUUAUGUAAAGAGCGUUUAGGUAUGGUCAGUUUGCUUGAUUAAAAGUGUCUGUAGCGGGGAGACAGAGAUGGGAGGGUGCCUGGGUGGGGGUAUGAGUACAUAGGAGCCUGGAGUAUUUAAAGUUUAUCAAAUACUCGUUUUGGCCUCUCAAAUUGUUGGGGACAACAAUUUGUAUACCCCCAAUUCAGAUAAUUGGAUGGAUAAAGAUAAUGGGUAGAAGUCUACCUGUAGUUUAACAAUAUAUGGUAGAAGUCUACCAGUGUAACAUUAGAUGGUAGACGUCUACCAGAGUAACAUUAAUUGGUAGAAGUCAACCAGCUUAACUAUCAUAGAUGUUAGAAGUCUACCAGUUUUAGCAAUAGAUGGUAGAAGUCUACCAGGUUAACAAUAGAUGGCAGAAGUCUACCAGUUUUAACAAUAUAUGGUAGAAGUCUACAAUUUUAAAUAUCGGUAGGUAAAAGUGUAUCAGUGUCGCAUAAGAUGGUAGAAGUCUACCAGUGUAACAUUAGAUAGUAGACGUCUACCAGUUUAACUAUAAUAGAUGUUAGAAGUCUACCAGUUUUAACAAUAGAUGGUCGAAGUCCACCACUUUAACUAUAUAUGGUAGAAGUCUACCAGUGUCGCAUUAUAUGGUAGACGUCUACCAGUUUAACUGUAAUAGAUGUUAGAAGUCUACCAGUUUUAACAAUAGAUGGUAGAAGUCUACCAGUUUAACUAUAAUAGAUGGUAGAAGUCUACCAGUUUAACUAUAAUAGAUGGUAGAAGUCUACCAGUUUAACUAUAAUAGAUGGUAGAAGUCUACCACUUUAACUAUAUAUGGCCGAAGUCUACGAGUGUCGCAUUGUAUGGUAGACGUCUACCAGUUUAACUAUAAUAGAUGUUAGAAGUCUACCAGUUUUAACAAUAGAUGGUAGAAGUCUACCACUUUAACUAUAUAUGGUAGAAGUCUACUAGUUUUAACAUUAUAUGGUAGACGUCUACCAGUGUAACAUUAAUUGGUAGGAGUCAACCAGCUUAACUAUCAUAGAUGUUAGAAGUCUACCAGUUUUAACAAUAGAUGGUAGAAGUCUACCAGUUUAACAAUAGAUGGUAGAAGUCUACCAGUUUUAACAAUAUAUGGUAGAAGUCUACAAUUUUAAAUAUCGGUAGGUAGAAGUCUACCAGUGUAACAUUAGAUAGUAGACGUCUACCAGUUUAACUAUAAUAGAUGUUAGAAGUUUACCAGUUUUAACAAUAGAUGGUCGAAGUCCACCACUUUAACUAUAUAUGGUAGAAGUCUACCAGUGUCGCAUUAGAUAGUAGACGUCUACCAGUUUAACUAUAAUAGAUGUUAGAAGUCUACCAGUUUUAACAAUAGAUGGUAGAAGUCUACCACUUUAACUGUAUAUGGUCGAAGUCUACGAGUGUCGCAUUGUAUGGUAGACGUCUACCAGUUUAACUUUAAUAGAUGUUAGAAGUCUACCAGUUUUAACAAUAGAUGGUAGAAGUCCACCACUUUAACUAUAUAUGGUAGAAGUCUACUAGUUUUAACAUUAGAUGGUAGACGUUUACCAGUGUAACAUUAAUUGGUAGAAGUCUACCAGCUUAACUAUUAUAGAUGUUAGAAGUCUACCAGUUUAGCAAUAGAUGGUAGAAGACUACCGUUUUAACUAUAGGUUGAUAGAAGUCUACAAUUAUUAAUAUAGGUAGGUAGAAGUCUACCAGUUUAACAAUAUAUGGUAGAAGUCUACCAGUUAUAACUAUAGGUUUGUAGAAGUCUUCCAGUUUAACAAUAUAUGGUAGAAGUCUACCAGUUGAUUUAUAUAUAUAAAUAGAUUCGUACGAGUAGCCCCCGAGAAAUCACUGUUAUGUUGUUGUGUAGGGUUGGUAAGAAAGGUUUAUGUAGGUCUGUAAAGUGUUGUAGAAUAUUUUAUGCAUAUGCUUGUGUGGAACAUUGUAAGAACAAUGUGAAAUUAUGGUUACUAUGAUUAAAACAUGUUUACUGUUA